CAGAACAGGGGGAGCUGUUCUGUAGUCCUGUUCCAAUACAGUACAGUAAUUAAAUGUUGUAGACAGGGGCGAACUGACAGCUCAUGGGGCCCCCGGGCAAUAGGGGAUCAUGGGGCCCCUGUGUCCUUGCCCAAACUCAAAAAAGCCUAUGAAAAAGGUACCAAGGGCAUCUCAUGGGGCCCCCUACUGACCCCGGGCCCUCGGGCAGUGCCCGAGUUUCCAAAUGGUCAGUCCGCCCCUGGUUGUAGACCUAUGACACAAAGGGGU